AUGGUGGCGGCGAACCUCGGCGACUUCUUCUCCGAUACAGAUGAGCCAGAAGGCGGGCGCUGCUCUCGCAGGGACGCCCUCAGACAACGGCGUCAAUGCGAGAAGGGUGGGCGCUUCGCGCGCGCGAAGCUCAGUGAGGACUCGCCUGAGACGCACGCCAAGCGCGACGGCGGCAAACCUGGCCGCAGCGCAGACGCUGAGCACCCUCUGCCGGCGAAUGACGGAUUCCCGAGGCUGUGUCCUGCCUUCAGCCCCGGCACAACUGCAAGACGCGACUCGGCCGUUGCUGGAGACGGUGCGAGGCGGGGGACGCGCCCGCCAGCGAGGGAGGGGGUCACCCCUGGCGGAGCCGCUUCCGCUGCCGAGGCCGUCAGCGCCCAGCCCCGGCCGCGGCGACGAUCUGCGGGGGGAAGAAACGGAGAAAGCUGGGGGAAGGCGCAGAAGGCGCGCGCGGAGACGCUGCUUCGCAACGCGUCUCUGAAGGAGGAUGAAGAGAUGGUGAAGGCGCUUCUCAAGCAUGCACAAGGCCGCCGAGGCCCACUCGUGUAUGACGCGGAACGAAACGAGGGCAACGUCGAAUACAAACUCUUCCUCACGCAGCUGACCCCCGCGAAACUCGCCCACCGCACGACGCAAAUGAAGUACCGCAUGCAGGAAGGCGCAGGCGUGUGCUUUUACCUGCUCGGCGUGGCCGACGGCGGCCUCGGGGUCGGCAUCUCCAGUCGGUACAUGCGCGAGAGCCUCGACGCAGUCGCGCGCAUGGCGGCGGCUCUCGGCGCCUCCGCCGCGGUCGUGGGGCUGCAAAGAGUCGCGGAGACCGAGGCAGACGCCCCCCACGCCGCCGCAGACUGCGGACUUCACGGCGAGGCUGGACAAACAGAGAAGGAAAAGAAGAAUAAGUCGGAGGAAGGAGAGGACGAAGGCGUAGGGGAGGCUCGAGCGCAGGAGACUAAGGCGAAAGCAGCGGAGAAGGCAGGAGAAAGGCGAUCCGCGCGAGGUCAAAGAGCCGCGCAUGCGGACAUGCCAGAAAGGGCCCUGACGGGCGACGAGGCCCUGCAGGCGCCAAGAGAGUCGGGUGGGUGUCAUGGCAAAGGGGGAGAAUGGGCUGGGCGCGAGGGGUAUGGAAAAGGGGCAACCACGAGGAGGCCGGCGGCCAUGCCGGAGGAGAAGCACAUCGACAGAUUCGCCAGAGAAAAGACACCCGAGGGAGCAAGAUGUGACUGGGAGGCGAUACUGGAAAACGAAGAUGAAACGAGCACCGCAAGGUGGGUCGCGUGCGUCCGCGUGAGCCAGAACCAGUCGGCGGCCCUCUGUAGCCCCCGCCCGCCCUCCAGGGGUGGAGCCCCAGGCGCCCGCAGCGCCCUGUCUCCCGCCGGGCCCACCGCCUCCCCACGCGCCCGUGACCUCCGCAUCGCGGUCCUGGGAGCACACGGCGUGGGAAAAAGUUCGCUCGUGGCGGUGCUCGCCGACGAGGGGACUCUCGACGACGGAGAAGGCUCUGCGCGCCUCCAGCUCUGCACGCAUCCUCACGAGGUGCUUCUCGGGGCGACGUCGGCGCUCCACUUUGCAUCACUGCCUCUCUCGCUGAGUCCAGCGAAUUCGCAACCCCUUCCGCGGGCCGCUGGCGGUUUGUUUGCGGCCGCCGCGUGCCCGCUUCCCGUUCCUCCGUUCGCGGAGGCGGCUGGCCGUUCAUUCUUAGCAACGCGAGAGCCGAAGGAGCCGCGCGCCAGGAGACAGGCGGAGGGCGACACGAACCCGCCAGGAUACAGCCUCAGCGGUUCCAAAGGCGAAAUCGGUUCGAAAGGCGAAAGCGCCUGUGACAGGAAACCCUGUUCCCGCGGAUCGGGAAUCGUCCAGGGUGAAGGGGCCUACGGGUGCAUUGACACCGCCCUCGACGCCAAGGCGCCAGGUGUACGUACACCGCGCGCUUCCCAGGACUCGGGCUGGGCGCCGAGUGGAGUACGCGGGGAGUCGCCGUCCGUCGCCGUUUCUCUUGGAUCACCAGAGGAAGCAGAGGACCAAGCACUGCAGGCCGCUGCAGAGGCGCGGGGAGAGUCAGAUGAAAUGCGCGGAGAGUCCAGACGAAGCGACGCAGAAGACUGCGCAACAGACAUCUCGCUUCUCGACAUGGCGGGGCAUCCGAAAUACAUCAAAAGCUCAUUAACAGGCCUCCUUUGCGAGUGUGUGGCGCACGUCGUCCUCGUCGUCGACGCCUCGGCGGAGGCCGACCCCGUUCCCGUCCAGCUUCAACAAGCGCGCGUGCUGCUGGCGACGGCACUUCUGCUGCUUCGCCUCCCCUUCACUCUCGUUUUCAACAAGUGGGAGAAGCGCCGGCAGCUGCGGCGCAAGCCCCCUCGAGCGCCCGCCCCGCGGGGCCCCUCGUCUCUUCGCUGUCUAUCCGCCGCACCCGCUCCCUCAACAGGCGGCUCCAACGCCGCAAGGGACGAGGACGCCGCGACGGACGUGAACGCCGACAUGGAGGCCGACGCAGAGAGGGCUGAGAAGGCGCAGCUGUGUGCAGAAGUGCUGGGCAACCUGCAGGCGAUGUUCGGAGUCGCUGCAGCCGCGCUGUCGGCUGCCUACGUCCCAGGGCCCCUCGGCCUGUCUGACGUGCAGCGGGGGCAGCGCGACGCCUUCGACAAGACGUCGGCGCGCGCAGAGAGCCCCGACGACGCUCGCGCAGGGCGACGCGGACUCCCGCCGCCCAGCCCUCCAGUGAGAGGCGCGGAGGCGACCCUGAAGGAAGGGCGAGAAGGCGAAGGCGGCGACGGACACGCGGAGAUCAGCGCCGGUGAACAUGAAUGCGAAGCGCUGCUGCGCACGUGCAUCGCGGCGGCGACACGCCGAGAGUUGCCGGUCGCCCGCGGCGGCGGAGAAGGCGCGGCGGCCUCGAGCGCGGAGCGCUUCAUGGCUGCCGCAGGCUCGCGGCUGUCGCUGCAGUGCUGCGAAAGCUUCUGUGUGUCGUGUGUCGACGGCUGCGGGACCGAGGAACUCCGAAGAAGUCUGCAGGUCUGCGCUGCGUCUGUGGAUCAGGAUUGGCUAACUAUGCGCGGGCGUGGCGCACGCGAGUGGGAAGUGCUGCGCCCGUUCCGCUUGAGGCCCUUGCCCGCGCGCUCAGGCGCCUCGAUCCUGUCUCUCCCCCGCGCCUGCGCAUCUGCUUCUUCCGCGUUGUCCCCACCGCCCGCUGGCGUUACGAGGACUUCCGCGUCUUGCGAGUCUCGCGCUGUUGUCACUUCAUCAUCAUCCUCCGCGGCUUCUCGUGUCUCGCUUUCUUCGCGCUCUGCGUCCUCCUCCUCUCCCGCGUCCUCCCCGCCCGCGUUUCUGGUGACGCAGGUGUUUCCGCGGUGCCGCGCAACGGCGACGGAGAGGCCGGACGAAGAGAAUCUCUUCGCAGACAGCCCCUCGGCGGCGACGACCGUGGCGCCGCGCCCCAGGAGCGGAGGCCCGCCCGCCCCUCUGCGCGCCUUGUCGUUUUCGGCGUCUCCAGUUUCCUUCCCUGAACCCCCCCCGCAGCCCGCGGAGGAUCACCGGAGCGGCGGAGACGCGGCGACGGCGCUACACCAGGACGCGCGACCCACAACCGACUACGAAGCCCCGACGCACGCAAACGAACGCGCCGCGAGCGUCGUGUUGGGCGGCGUCCUCCUGCAAGGCUGCCUGCAAGUCGGCGACUGUGUCCUCUCUGGGCCCUUCACUUCCCCGCGGCGCCGCGCCGGAAGGGGCGGAGACACUCCUUCGGCCGCCGGCGAGCCCGGGAGCGAAUGCGCCGGCGCCCGGCGGCCCGAGCGACCUUCGUGCGAAGGCGAAAAUGAGACAGCGUGGAACGAGAGGUCGUCGCACUCGCUGGGGCAAGCGUCCGACGCAGGCUCGCGCGAGGGGGGCGUCCAUGAAAGCGGCAAGCGGAAAGAGGCGGCCGCGGAGAAGAACGGCGACGCUGAGACGGAGCUCGUUGCGGACGAGACAGAGUUCACCUGGCACUGGGCAAGAGUCGACUCUAUCCGCGACAGCGCAAGGCAGGCCGUCGCUUUCAUUCCAGACUCAGACACGCCGAUAAAAUGCUCGCUCGCCGUCGUUUUUCUCGCUUCGUUGCCUCCGGUCAGUGGCGCGGGCGCGCGUCCCUCUCGGGAGGCGUCGGCGGCUGCAGAGGCGCCCAAGGCCGCCGCGGAGAGGCGCCCGGCGGGCUUCGACAGGCCCCGCGAGGAGGCCGGCGCGGGGUUCGCGUCUCGCCUGCGCCCUGGCCUUCUCCUCGUACGAGUCGGCGAGAACCAGCCCACAACCUGUGCGCAAGGAGACUCCGACGCGGCGACGCCUCCCCAGCUGUCUCUCGGCCUCGAAGGCCACAGAGGCGCAGGCGACGUCCGCGACCCCGCUGCGCGCUCUGCGGGCGGUCAAGAGGCGCAGACGCCUCCCGCGGGCAGGCCCCUGAGAGACGGCGAACGCCAGCGAGCGUCGAGGCCGGCGCUGCGCCUCCCGCAGCCAGUCGCGGCCUGCUGGUGUCGCGUGCAUGUCCUGGCGCAUCCCUCGGCUCUGCGCAGAUUCAGCACGCUCGCUGUCUACGCGCAUGCCGUGAGGCAGGCUGCAGAAGUGCUUGCCAUCCUUCCUGAGACCGCCACCGCUGAGGAGAUCGCGGAGGCGACCGACAGCGCGGCGGCCUGUCUGCGGGGACGAACGCGCUUUCGCGCGUCGCGGCUCCGAGGCAGCGACGAGCCCCAGGCGCCGCGGCGCCGGAGGCGAGAGGAGGAGGGCGCAGAGGCGCUGGAGAAGAACGAGAUAGGCGACGCAGAAAGGCGGCAAAGUCGCAGCAGGGCGGGGCGCCAGGCGCGGGGUCUGCGUUCACUCUCUGAAGCGCAGGCGCCUUUUCUUUGCCGUGUAUCGCCUGAUCACGUCCUCGCGCCGCUGGAGACGGGGUUCGUCCUGCUUCACUUCAUCGCGGGGUCAGGCGGCGAAGUGCUGGCUGCUGACUUGCCGCUCGUCGUCUGCAACGGCGUCGACAUCCAGGGCAUCGGUCACGUCCUUGCGCCUUGCCCUGAUAUCCCCUUCAUCUCGCAAAAGCACUACGCAGGGGGGUGA